AUGGAUGAAGAAAGUAGAAAGCCCAUUUGCCUUAUAAUUUUAGGUAUGGCAGGUGCUGGGAAAACCUCGUUUACGAGGCGCUUAGCCGGAAAAAUUGUAGAUGGGUCCCGACCCUAUCUUAUAAAUUUAGACCCUGCCUGUAGAGAAGUACCGUAUCCUGCGAAUAUUGAUGUUCGGGACACAGUGGACUACAAAGAAGUGAUGAAACAGUAUGGAUUGGGUCCUAAUGGUGGCAUUGUGACUGCUCUAAACUUAUUCUCCACAAAGUUUGGUCAAGUUGUGGAUCUUAUUGAAAAAGCUGGGACGAAGCAUAAAUAUUGUGUUAUUGACACACCAGGUCAAAUAGAAGUGUUCACAUGGUCAGCAUCAGGUACAAUAGUGACGGAGGCCCUUGCUUCCUCUUGUCCAACAGUUGUGGUGUAUGUAAUGGAUACGGUCAGGAGUGUGUCACCGGUUACUUUCAUGUCAAACAUGUUGUAUGCAUGCUCUAUACUAUACAAGACCAGGUUACCAUUCAUUGUGGUCAUGAACAAGACGGAUGUAGUGGACAGCGCUUAUGCUGUGGAGUGGAUGCGAGACUUUGAGUCGUUCCAAGACGCUCUGGACGCCGGGGUGGAUGGGGAGGGCGGCAGUUACGCCGGUAAUUUGACCAGGUCAAUGGCCUUAGCGCUCGACAGCUUCUAUGCAGACCUGAAAUGCUGCGGUGUCAGCUCACAUACGGGUGAAGGAUUAGACGAGUUCUUCAAGUUGGUGGAUGAAGCGGCAGAAGAAUAUGAGAAGGAAUACAAAGCGGAAUGGCUGAAGAUGCGAGCGGAGAAGCUGGAGGAGAGAAGGCGGAAGGAAGAAGAGAUGAAGAGUGGAAAUCUGGACGAAGCGGACACGGUCAUUGACAAGAAGAAGCUCAUUGAGGAGGUUGUAGCUGGUAGGGAGAUCAGCGACGUCUACCUGAAGCAUCCUGCCAACGAGAGCUCGAGUGACGACGAAGGCACAGAGGCCGAAGAACCAGGCGCCGACGAUAAACCCGAAGACGUCGCAAUGUUCCAAGAGUUUAUAAGGAAGCACGUGAAGCCGAACAACAGUGGAAGCAAUACG